GGUCACUUGAAAUAUGAUUGGCCUUAGCCUGCGUCGCUCUGCCCAAAAGGUAUGCGAUGCCCUCGUUACGUUUGGUUUGCAAUUGAACAGCGUCACGUUCGUAUCGCAUCCAGGCGUUAUGGCGGUAGCGCAGCUCCUAGAAAUGAAGUCCUUGGUGGAGCACAGAGCUCACUUUACUCAGGACGACGUUAAUCGUAUGUACGAGUUCGAUGCGGCCACAGCAGAGAAGGCCCAGGUCGCUGUGGACCACGAUUUGCCAAUUUCUCACUACAACUUGGACUAUUUGGACAAGCCGGGCUUCCUUGAGAGCUUGAUUGAGGAGAAGAAGAUGAACGAGGACAUUGCCAAGGAGGUUAUGGAGGCGCCAGUCGGUCAAUACAAGCAGCCAGAGUUGCUCAAGUCUUACAAGCCUCCCAUUGUACCAAUUGAGUGGAGACAGCACGAAUUGGCCAUAACCAACCUCAUGGUUGAAGUCCAGCCAUCUCUUUUGCGUGAGAUGGAAACGCAGAAGAAGAUGCGCGAGUUUAUGGAAAAGCACAAGGAACGUGUAGAACAAAAGGCAUAAAUUAGUGAUUUAGCAAAUGUAAAAACUUUGAAAAGUCCUCGUUGGACAUUCUGACCUGGAUGGUUUUCAUCUUGUAAAUUGGAUGUGGCAACUCAAUUUCGCACAGCUCCAUGAGUAAGCCAUUUUGAUAAUGUUUAACUCCUA